GUUGAACAUCCGAGCAGAACUCUCACUCUCUCUCUCUCAAAAGUGAUGGCAAUCAUAUCAGAGCUUCAAGAGUCCCAAGAGCAGCAGAAACCCUCUCCACCCUCUCCAGAACAUUCAGGAAGCUCCUCCUCCGUCCGAUCUUAUGACGACGUACUGAAGCCGAUCCUUGACCGUGAAAACCCUCUCGGCUUCCUCGAGAUCGCGAUCGAUUUCCUCCGCCGGAAAUCCGAUCUGUUCAAGGACCAGGCCGUCGAGGAGAAGCUCUUGGCCGCUGUCGCGGCUGCCAAGGCGAAGGACGCUGAGGAGCGUAAGAAGAAGGCUGCCGCCGAAGAGAGGCGGCGUUCGGAGGACGGCAGGAAGGCGGAGAAACGGCUGAAAGAGGCGGAGGCGACUGCGGCGUCGACGGUUCCGAAAGAAAAGAAAGAGGAGGUUCCGAAGAAGAUCGCCGAAGUGUUGCCGAAGGAUAUUCAAACGGAGAAAGCUGCAACAGCAGAGGAAAACGGAAAGGAGAAAGUUAAUAACCCGAACUCGGGAAAUGGCCUGGAUCUAGAAAAGUAUUCCUGGAUUCAAACAUUGCAAGAGGCUACUGUUACCAUUCCAAUUCCUGAGGGAACUAAGUCAAGGUUUAUCAAUUGCGAAAUAAAGAAAAACCAUCUGAAGGUUGGAUUGAAGGGUCAUCCUCCUGUUAUUGAUGGGGAGCUUCAUGCAUCUGUUAAAGUGGAUGACUGCUUUUGGAGUAUAGAGGAUGGGAAGUUCAUUUCUAUUCUUUUGACCAAGCAAAAUCAAAUGGAGUGGUGGAAAUCCUUGAUUAAAGGUGACCCUGAAGUCGAUACACAGAAAGUUGAGCCUGAAAACAGCAAACUGUCUGACUUGGAUCCUGAAACUCGGCAGACAGUAGAAAAAAUGAUGUUUGAUCAGCGACAGAAAUCAAUGGGUCUGCCUACUAGUGAUGAGAUGCAGAAGCAAGAGAUUCUCAAGAAAUUCAUGGCUGAGCAUCCGGAGAUGGAUUUCUCAAGGGCUAAGAUUGCAUAGGUUAUGGCACUCAUGCUUCUCUCAUCUCUAGUGGUAUGGAUGGAGGGAUGGAAUGAAAGCUUUGGAAUUUGUCGAGUCCUUUGUUAUGCUUUUUCUUGGCUAGACCCUUUUCUCUUGAUUUUUCUUUUCCAUUUACUGCAUGUAAUUACAACAAACUUGAAUUAUAUAUUUAGGUUAGAGAAAUUUUGAGCU